GAAAAGGCGGGCGGGAAGGGCCUUUUCCGUCUGUUGUGAGCGGGAGGCUGCCGCCCGUGCUAGCCCUCCUGAGCGAAAAGUCGGGAGGAGUGCGGGUGGGUCUUUGCCGCUGAGUGUGCCCGGGUCUCCCCUCUUCUCCCAGGAUGCUGGUGGCGUGCGGAAUGCAGCGGUGUCACCAGGAAGCGCUCAAGAAGAACCGGGUGAUCCUGGCGAAGCAGCUUGUGUUGCAUGUACUGGUGGAGCACAUGGUAGAGAAAGACAUCAUCACCCCGGAGAUGGUGGAAAUGAUACAGGCGAAGUCUGGGAGCUUUGACCGAAAUGUGGAAUUCCUCAAUUUGCUGCCCAAGAGAGGCCCUAAUGCCUUCUCAGCCUUCUGUGAAGCUUUACGAGAAACCCAACAGCAGCAUCUGGAGGCAAGGAUCUUGAAGACAGUGUCCGACCUGAGCCAUGAGAUUGCAAGGCUUGAGCACUGUCAUGGAUCAGAUCUUCCAUUCCCUGUCAGUGAGUCCUGUAAUUCAAAGAGACCACGCUGGAUUGGACCAAUGGAAGUUUCCUUGGAUAAUGGAGAUGGUCACUCAAUUCCUCCAGUGAAAUAUUGCACUCCUGAAUUUUAUCGUGAUCAUCAGCACUUGGCAUACAAGGUGGUAUCAGAGCCCCGAGGCUUGGCACUUAUUCUCAGCAAUGUCAGCUUCAGCUGUGAGAAGGACUUGGAGUAUCGCAAAGGGGGAGACGUGGACUGUGCUUCCCUGGAGAUGCUUUUCAAGCACCUUGGGUAUCGAGUGACUGUUCUUCCUAAUCGAACUGCACAGGAGAUGCAGAAUGCAUUGGAGAGAUUCUCCAAGCUGCCAGAUCAUCAGUACGUGGAUUCCUGCGUUGUAGCUUUGCUUUCCCAUGGUGUGGAGGGUGCGGUUUAUGGUAGUGAUGGCAAGCUACUACAGUUGCAGGAGGUUUUCCGGCUCUUUGACAACGCAAACUGUCCAAAUCUCCAGAAUAAACCUAAAAUGUUCUUUAUUCAGGCCUGCCGGGGAGAUAAGUUCGACCAGGGAGUGGAUCAAAGAGAUGGGAAGGAACGGUCAGAUUCCUCAGGCUGUGAGGAAAGUGAUGCAAACAAGGAAGAAAGUCUCAAGCUGCGUCUGCCUACAUGCUCGGAUAUGAUCUGUGGAUAUGCUUGUCUGAAAGGCACUGUGGCCAUUCGAAACACCAAGCACGGAUCCUGGUAUAUCGAAGCUCUCACCUCUGUGUUUGCAGAGGACUCCCGAGACACUCACGUGGCUGACAUGUUGGUGAAGGUGAAUAGGCAAAUCAAGCAACGAGAGGCUUAUGCCCCAGACACAGAAUUUCACCGCUGCAAGGAAAUGUCAGAAUAUUCUAGCACACUCUGUCGGGAUCUUUACCUGUUUCCUGGCUAUCUACCAGGAAAAUAACCUUCUGUAUUUGAAGAGGGAUACUGCCAAACCUGAACUUUGACUAUGGAUGUCUGCGUUUUUAUUCUUAUUGACUGUGACAACAUCAGAUGUGCAAGCAAGGAAUGCUUCUUCAUCUGGCCAGUCCAAUUCUUGCUUGAUGUGUUUUUCUAAAAUAUUCUGGCAACUCUCUUUGUAAUCUGAUUCAGUUCAGGGUUUAAAAUUCUAAUAUCCUGAUUUGCUUUGUAUGUAUAGAAAUUGAUGGAAAGAGGAUCAGCACUAGAAUUUGGAAGACAUGGGAACAUCCUUUGGAAGGAGAUGUGAGGACAUUUGUAAACAAAGUGAAAGUGAAAAUGGACUAUUAGUACAACUUUAAAAAAAGUUAAGCCUUUCUGAAAGGAAAAUUAGUCAUAAAAUGCUACUUAUCUUAUGCUUGUAUUUUAAAAAUUUUAAAUACUUUCUGUGUGGUUCUUCAUACAGGACAGUUUACUACUGUGUAUAUUAGAAAAAGAGCUCCCUUGUAAAGGAGAAUCCUCCCCCUCUUUAAAAUGAAAGGUUAUGUUCUCAGUAUUCAGCACUUUCCUACCCAUUGUGAUCACUUAAAAGUCUAUUUUUCUACAUUCUUUCUAUAGUGAAGUUAUCAAGAGAGUUACAAGACAUCCCAGAUUAUCAGCAAAACAAAUAGAAACCUAGACAAGUCUGCAGAAACUGCCCCAGAAAUAGGUUUAAAUCUAUAAAUUGUAGAUUAGUUCCCCAUAGUCACAAGAAUGAACAAUUGCAUGGAAUAUUAUUUUUCAGGAAUUUGUUUGC